AACAUUAUUGUUUGGAAUUUUAAAAACCCUUUUUUCCUUGCGGAUUUGUAGAGUUGUAUGGAAAAGAUUUUGAAAUUUCAGGUGGUCAAAAUCUGUGUGGAAAAGAUUUGGUAAUAGGAUUUAAUAUAAUUUUAGUGACAUUUGAGGAACGUUUUUGUGGUAUUUUUAUGUGAAUAUUUAAUAAACUAUAUAAGUUUGAGGAGCCAAAAUUUGUGUGAAAGCGAUUUUGUAAUAGGGUUUAACAUUAUUUAGGUGACAUUGGAGGAAUAUUUUGGGGCGUGUUUUUAUGGUAUUUUUAUUUGAAGGAACCAACAUCUAAGUGAAAAUGAUACUGUAAUAGGAUUAACAUUAUUUAACUGAUAUUUGAGUAACAUUUUUUGUUUUAUUCUGUGGUAUUUUUAUGUGAAUAUUUUUAUAGAAAACUCCCACAUAUUUAUUGAAAGAGAUACGUUGAGCCUGACGACAUACCAAUAUCAAAACAUUACUCUUGAGUAAUCAAAGCCAUGGUUCGUGAAAGGGGUGGUAUGUUGUGUUGAAUCAGUCUAAUAGUGACAUGUGCGUUCUAGUGUGGGCAUAUAGUCGAAUGUUUAUUAUAGUGCAUAGUAUUUGACUGUAUCUAUUGAGUAAGUGAUAAUUGCUGUAAAAUAUUAUGGGUAUAUAGCCGAAAGAUUAUAAUUGUGCAUAGUAUUAACUGUGUAUAUCUAUUCACUAAUUGAUAAAAAAAAACAAUUUGGGGGAUCUGAUAAUCAGAAGUGUGUUCCAGUGUAACGUCAAAUGUUUAUUAUUGUGCAUAUUAUCAUAACUGUAACUGUAUUCACUAGAUGAUAAAAUAUAUUUUGGGAUCUGAUCCAUAAGUGCAUUCUGGUGUGACGCAUAAAGGAGCUGUUUAUUAUUGUGCGUAGCAUGUAACUGACUUAUCAUUUCAAUAAAUAAUAAUUGACUUACAAAUAAAUUGACAUCUAAUUGGAGGACUUGUUAGUGUAUGGGCUAAUCUAUAGAUUAGAUCAACCAGUGCAUGAUUUAAAGAAUCUAAUCGACUUAUAACUGUUACGUUUUAAAAAGGAUUUACAGUUUAAACGCAUAACAGAGUGUUAUUUUUACUGAGUAUCCAUUGAUGUUGACUACCUUAUAGACCGAAUCAUCCAGUCAUUGAUUUAAAGAAUUUGAUUGACUUAAUAUCGUGGACUUUUGGGGGAUUUGUUUUUUGUCCGAGGACUAGAACAAAUUGAAGUAAUCCAGUCAGUUGAACUUAGAUCUUAGAGUACAAUUUAUAUAAAGAACACAGAUGAUUUAGCAAUUUUCUGAAAUCACUUUAGAGUAUAAAUUGAGUUCAAGAUUUUGAGUAAUUUGAAAAAUUCAAAGUGGUAUUAUAAAUUUCAAGAUAAGUGGUUUUACAGAUUUCAAGAUUUUGAGUAAUUUGAAAAUUGACUUCACAAUACAAAAGUGUCAUUACAAAUUUGAAGAUUUCGAGGAAUCCAAUUGACUUGACAAUUCAAGUUCAAGUAUAGUUUAUUUAUCAUAGCUCAGCAGGAUAUGUGAUUGUUAUUUUGAGGAGUUUGAUAUUAUUACGCUGUGUGUGUUGAUAUCUAGAUUGUGAUUAUAAACUGAGGACGUGAAAUUUAUUACCUGGACAAAAUGUUGUAUUAUAGGAUUUUCUCAUCACUAGUAGUUUUACAGUUGAUAUUAUUAGUAACUGUUACAAGAGCUCAGCAGAAUGCUUGUCAACGAUGUGAAGAACAACCCAACUCCUGUCGAAAGAUUGCAGGAAUAUUUAUGGUUACCGUUUUGUCUAAGGGAACUUAUAAUCCAGUCGUGGAAAUUCCGGCACCAGCAUGUAAAGUGAAUAUAACAGAAUUGGGACGAAGCAGAAAUUAUUUAGCUAUAAAGACAAAGAGUGGUGUUAGAAUUAUCAAUGGGUAUUGGAGAGUUAGUUCCCCUGGUCAGCAUAGUGGAGCUGGUUCAGUAUUCUCAUACUAUAAAUCUAACAGUGGCUCGUGUCCAGGAGAAUGUAUUAAUACAGAAGGUCCAACCAAUGAAACUAUUGUAGUACAGGUGCUGUAUUAUAACCAAAAUCCAGGUAUUUCCUAUGAGUUUACUUUACCAAAUUAUGUCCCUUUUACACCGUAUGAAGGGUCCCGAUUAAUCGGUGCUACGAAUCGUGGAUACAGACAUCAUUUACAGAAUCGAAAAGAUAGCCGGCAUUCCAUUUAUAAUCGCAAUCAUCCAAUUAAGUUAACCUCGAGCGGUGAACGAAAUCCCAAUAGAGUAAGUGACAGAUCGGAAGUACCUAGUGAAUCUCAUGACAGACAGGAGUUCAGUUUAGGGAGAGGUAGUAAUUUACCUGUAUUACCUCAGACUCCUGUAAUACGAUAUGGUUUCGACACAUUAGGAGGGCGUGGCUCUAGUUAUACGCAGACAAGUAGACAAAGACAAUCUGGUAGACAGAGACAACAGUCUGGUAGACAAAGACAGUCUGGUAGACAGAGAGGCGGAAGUCCCUUAGUUGUAGCACCUCGUCCCCGCUACAUCGCCCCAUACAGGAACAAUCGAGGUUACACCAACUAUAACUCACGAUCAGCACUAACAGCCAAUACCUACGAACGAGUCGAUAAACCUAAUUUUGACCUGGCAGCUCAAAGAUCUAACUCGUUCGCUGAAGAAAGAGCAGAUAACUCAUACGAGUGGAAGAUUUCUGGUUUCAGCGAUUGUUCUGAGUCAUGUGGUGGAGGAUAUCAAAAGACUCUAGUAGUUUGUGUUCUAAAGAAUACCCAGGUUACAGUAACAGAUGAAAACUGUGAGACCAAACAGAAACCUGUGUCGCAACAAGUAGAAUGUAAUACAAACCCUUGUUCUCCCAGUUGGCAUGCUGAUGAGUGGGCUGCGUGUAGUGUGACAUGUGGAUCGGGAACACAGAUACGAAGAUUAGAGUGUAAACAGAAAAUCUCGGCAACUCUAGAACUGUCUGUAUCAGCUAGUUUAUGUAAAGUGGAUGAAAAACCUGCCAUAGCUCAGCAGUGUCAGAUGGGAAGAUGUGCUGAAUGGAAAAUUGGAUCAUGGGGUACUUGUUCAGUAGGUUGUGGUACAGGUAUCAGAAAGAGAUCAGUAAAAUGUGUUGAUCAUCUGGGAUCCCAGAUACCCAACAGUUAUUGUAACACAACCUCACCCGACAGUCAAGAAUCAUGUGAUAUGGGUCCGUGUAGAACCAGCUGGUUGUAUACACCAUGGUCUAAAAUGUGUUCCAGUAGUUGUGGUGCCGGUGUAAAAACUAGAGAAGUUAUAUGUUAUAGUAAAGAUGGGUCUCGGGUGUCAUCCUCUGUUUGUGAUGCCAGUAUAAAACCACGGAAUCAAGCUUCAUGUCACAGUGAUGAUGCUUGCGGUUCAAAAUGGUUUACUGGACCCUGGAGUGAGUGUUCGGCAGAUUGUGGUAGUGGUGUUAAGAGUAGAUAUGUUGUGUGUAUGAAGGUAGUAGGAGAUGCAGCAGUUGUCUCCCCUGAUGAAGAUUGUUGGAAGACGGAGAAACCAACUAAUGAAGAUGAUUGUAAUAAUCAGGCCUGUGGUGUAAAAUGGUUUAUAUCAGAAUGGAGUCAGUGUUCUGUAACAUGUGGUACAGGAUUUAAAACCAGAGAGAUCAACUGUCUGGAUAGAAAUCGACGAGAAUCAAAUAGCUGUGAUCUCUUGACACGACCAACACCACGAGAGACUUGUCAACCAAGAAAAUGUCCUAUUCGAGAAUUAUCUGCAGAAAAUGAUUGUCGAGAUUUAUAUAGAAGUUGUCCGUUAGUUGUUCGUUCCCGCUUGUGUUCAUAUAAAUAUUACCAACAGAUCUGCUGUACAUCUUGCAGCGGUCAUACAUAGUCACAUACAUAUUCAUAGAAAAAACUUUUAUAAAAUAAAACAAUUGGUAAAAAUCUGUGGUUGAUAAAAUGUUGAUUGACGAAAACCAAAAAAGUGAUUCUUUAUUUUGAUUUGAAUGUAUAGUGUUCUCUCUGUGUGUGUUAUCAAAAGUUUUUUCUGCAAACUAAAGACGUGGUGCCUAAAUUGCACUUUAAUUUUUUGCCUGAUUUCACUACAAUUUUUUGAUUGAUAAUUAGGACCUGGGCCCCGUUUCUCAAAAUCUUAACUACAGAUAAAAUCCAAAUUUUAGUAGAUACUUCAAUUCUGAUUGGCUAAGCACGAACAUCAAUCUAAUAUUAUCCAAUCAAAUUACUAAACUUUGGAUUUUAUCUUAGUUAAAAUUUUGUGAAACAGGCACCUAAACAUUUUGGAAGAGUUGCUAAUCAGGUGUAUUUGACUGUUUACGUAGUAAGACAUUGCAGUAUGAACAUAGUUCAUUGUUAGGGCCUACUCUUUUUAGAACUGUUUUUUAUCUAGGGAAGUUAACCUUUGACAUAACCAUCUAAAGACAAUGCAGUCUGAUUGACAGUCUAGUGGAGGGGCCAGUGCCUCAACACUCGACCACAGCCCCUCGCAAAAAAAAAAAAAAUACAGGAUGAGACAAGAUGUGAUCUAUUGAAUGUGUCCAUUAAUGGAUGGCAUUGUUUGUCAUUGUAUGACUUUAAAGUAAUAGGAUUUGUCAUUGGCAUCCAGCUGUGACAAAGAUAUUAUCCGGUGGCCCUACGAGUGCUGGCGCGAUAUAUAUCGUUGAAUUGAUGCAUCACAAUUCACCUUCUCAGGAUUCGCGUAUUGAAUCGUGAGACACUGAAUCGAUGUAUCGCGGUCUUUUUUUUAUGUAUUUAUGUCGCUUCAGUAAGUAACCUGUCACUUUUAAUUAUCUACGUCACACAUUAUCCAUAGGUACUGAAACACUCUUAAAUUGUUUUGGUCCUUAUUUUGAUCCAUAUCAAUAUUAUGAUAUAAAAAAGUUUUAUUUAUUCGACAUUGGCUUGACUAAAAAUAUCAAUUAUUCAUUUAUCCUGUUGUUUUCUUGGUAAAUUUUGACCUGGUUACGAAUCGUGUUACGAUUUGUAUCCUGGAACCUGAAUACAUAUCGUAUCAUGACUACAGUGGCAAUACCCAGCACUAGACUAACAGUUUUCUAUUAAUCUGGUUACAUUUUUUCACUCUUUUUUUUUAGUUAACCCUGUAGCCCUUGGUACAUGUAUAUAUUGAUGGCUGAAUGGUAAGCGCGCGUGCUGUAUCAUAAAGUGUGUCAUUGAGUCGACUGGCGUGGUUUCGAAUCCCCGGUUGUACGUGACAAGGAGUAGGGUCACCUGUCCAACCUCGUGGGUUUCCUCCCACUGCUAAAGACCCCUACGCGCAAGCGAAUUAUUGAAAUAAAAUUAAACCAUAUGUUAGUCCCGAAAUGACCUAGUUUGUGUCGAGUGGAUGUUAAACCCAAUUUCUCUCUCUAUAUAUAUAUUGAUUAACCCAGUUCCUUCAAGGAAAUUAGAGAAGUGAUAUAGUUCAUACCGGUAUAUAUCCAUGGACAACCCAAAGCUGUUCCUUAGACUUCCUCAAACCAUGUGAAUAGCUCUCUGUGCUGUAGGACUGUAUAUUAGUUCUUCAGGGCACCACAGCUAGUCACAUAUGACUCAGGCUGUUUGAGUCCUGAAAUGAAAUGAAAUGGGGUUUAACGUCCUACUGUUCUGCUCCUACUGGGAUAAUGAAGACGGACAUAUGAGGGAAAAUUUGCCCAGACAGUGGCGCUAUGGCCUACUCUUAUUUCAAAUUCCAGCUGCCAAUGGUUCUAUUAUCUGUACACAGGACUUUGAUUUUCCAUCCUAUCCAAACAACUACAUGUUGUCCUUUGCCAGACCCCCUGUCCUACACCACUAUCCAACCUCGUGGGUUUUCUCCGGGUCCUCCGGUUUCCUCCCACUGCUAAAGACCCCUACGCGCAAGCGAAUUAUUGAAAUAAAAUUAAACCAUAUGUUAGUCCCGAAAUGACCUAGUUUGUGUCGAGUGGACGUUAAACCCCAUUUCUCUCUCUCUCCCUACACCACUAACAAGGGGGAACCACUCUGACCCUUCUACACUACUGACAAGGGGUAACCACGCUGUUUGAGUUCUACUUAUAGGACGUUUCGGGUGGCGCUAGUACUAAAGGGUUAUAUUAACUAUUUAGGUGUCAUGACCAUAUAAUAUGUACUAUAGUCAUCACACGUUUCAUGAUGGUUAGCUUUGGUUCCCCUUCAGAGUGGUGCAGGAUGAAGUAUCUAGUCCCUUUUAUGGGGUCCAACCUCGUGGGUUUUCUUCGGGUUCUUCGGUUUCCUCCCACUGAUAAAGACCCCUACGCGCAAGCGAAUUAUUGAAAUAAAAUUAAAAACAAUAUGUUAGUCCCAACAUGACCUAUUUUGUGUGGAGUGGACGUUAAACCCUAUUUCUCUCUCUCUCUCCCUUUUAUGGGACAAAAAAUCUGAGGGCCUGGAUAUACAUUGGCAUGCACAGAAAAGCAGCCUUUUCAUUUGGAAUUGGAAGAAGUGUUAGCAGAAAUGCCACUAUCCAGCAGGCGAUAAGUGAGAGGGAUGCAAUGACAAGCUUUUCGUCAUGGUUUUGAAGUUUUGCACCAGCUUGAGUUCUUGUGCCCCUCGCAAAUUUGAAUGGCAAAAAAUCAUGCGGUUUCAAUGCAGUCUUCAACAUUAUAAUCAUAAUCAUAAUGCUUAACAACUGUCAAUCAUAUAAUAUACCGUGGGUCAGAUAUGCUACAAAUACACACAGCCCAAUAUUGUUUUUUCGGGGGUCGGACGAGGUCUUGUUCCUCAUGCAAAAUCAUGCCACGUCCCUGCUAUCCAGACACGAUUUCCUUCCUAGCACACUGCAUGGCGUAUGGCUGUCUUUAUUAGCCCAGUUUGUGCACAAAAGUAGGAUGUUAAACCCCAUUUAAUUACAUUUCACGACAUCCUGAGACUAAAGAGGAGAUAACUUUUCUGAAUUUGUCAGGCAAUUUUUUUAUGAUUAUUAAUAAAGUGUUGCUAUUAUAUGUGUGUUUAUCAACUGGUUGAUUUAGUUGAAUAGGAAACUUGUUGUUUUGAUUCAGCCUGGUUCCCAAUCCCUUUCAAAUAUCCUGAAUAAAAUAUUGCUAACAAAGAAUAUUUACUGAAAUUGUACAUGAACAUGCACUCAAAUGGAUUAUUUAACUUUAAACAAUGAAAUAUUACAGUUGAAACUUGGCCUUUUUUAGGACAAUAUCUAUUUUUCAUCACGGUUUAACCCAUGUUAAAAGAAAAUGAACUCAACUUAUUUUUUAAAGAUUCAUUAUGUAAGAGCUAAAUCUGUCUAUUGCAGGUCUUUCUUUUGGCCUCAAAUGUUAUAUGAACUAUUAUUUACACAUUUAUUCAUCAACUUCUCUAGAUCAUCAGAUGGUCGUGAUUUUCAAUGGAUUGAAACACAAUCAGCAUUUAAUAAUUUGAUUUAAAAAUGGAUAAUCAAGACUUUGUUUGUUAUUGUAACUAUGGUAUUGACAAUCCAGACUAGAUUGUGAACACUUCAAAGUCUGGUAACUUCGCUCAGUAACUUGACUGAAAUUUUCAAUAUAUUCAUUUUUCAUUAAAUAUUUUUAAACUAUUAUAGCCAGAAACGCCAGCUCGUUAUCUAAAUCUUACAUAAUGCAUCUUUAAGAAAACAAAAUUAAUUAAUGAACGAUUACCAUCGGUACUUCAACAGUUCAAUGAAUCUAGUGUUCAAUGGUUUUAUUUUAGAUAAUCCAUAUUACAUAUAUAAAGUGCUAAAAUAAUGUUUUAAAUGUUGCCAUGUUCUUAUGGUCAGAUCUAAUUACCAAGGCCACCUAAAUAUUUUCUCAAGGUCACAGGUAAAAAGGGUUAGGGCAUGUGAUUGUUGACAUGGAUUGUGGGUUAGGGUGAGCGUGACCUUGAGGAAAUCUGCAGGUGGCCUUGGUAAAUAGAUCUAAGCAUCUUCUUAUAUUAUUUAUAUUAAUGUUUGAUGUAUUGUUACACCAGGAACUUGGUUCCAAGCGCUGCUCAUCUUGUUCUUAUUCCUUUUCUUGUGAUAUGACAUGAGAAUUCCAAGAUGGCUGCCAUGACGUGAGGCUCUGUUCCUGGUCGUUAGUUUGUUCAUACUUGUUUUAUUUUAGAUUGCCAGUAUUUUAUUAUAAGUGCUAAUAUUUUGUACUCAGCUUAUUGCCUAUUAUACACAUUUGCUUGCCAGAAGUUUUUUUUUACUUUUUGUGAUGUUGGUAUAUUUUAUUUAAUAAACUUUACAUUAAAAUU